GGGCCGACAUUACUUUGGAAGAUCUGUCCAAUGUCCAUACUGCGGACCGACAGCCCUGCUUAUACCGGUAUGAAGGAUCAUAGUCUCCAUAGUAUCGCCUGGGAUUUCUGCCUCCAUAACGAAUCGGAUCGCGCGGGCAUCAUACCGCCCAGAAAACUGCCAAAAGAAAUGGACACAGGAAGUUAUGGAUGACAUCCGAUGUGCUUGAAGAUACGAUAGCAAAAGCAUAAAACGAUACAAAUGCCCUCCUAAUUAUCUCCUUCCAGUCCAGAUUCUCUAUUCGAUUCACCCACAGUCACUCCUUUCCACUUCAAGAUGUACACCACUUCUCUUCUUACCACGCUGCUAGCAGCCCCUCUUGCCUUGGCGGCUCCUUCACUCUACUUGAUGCCGCGCGCACCUACCGAUAACGUAAUGUGCCCCAUCGUUCUUGAUGGCCGCGUCCCCAGAAAUUUUUCCACAACCCCCACCGUCUUCGACAGCACCAACGCGAUCUUCAACGCCGAUUUCGUCAAGGGCAACAACCUCACGUGGUCACAAAUUCUCAAGUUCCCCGCCGUCGGUUGCUCCCGAUUCGACGGCGCCGCCCACUCUGCCGUUGAAGUCACUAUCAGCGAUGCCUCAAUCUUCCAAAAGCAGCUCGGAUUUCGACGCGCAGGACUGCAAUUCGCAGCCGACUCAGCGCAGGACGCCUCCGACGAGGGAAUCAAGACUCUGCACUUCAGCGUGAAGCAGGAUCCCACUCGUCCGCUCAACUUGACGCACGAGUACCUUAAUGUGUGGCACGAGGCAGCCGACUUCAGCAACAACCAAAUCCAGUUCCAGGCCGGCACGCUCAUCGAUAACCCCAGCAGCAAGAAGGACAACUUCAAGAUCCUGGACCGCGCGGGCAAGCAGAUCUGGGAUACCCCGAUCGACUACAAGCAGUGGCAGAACUUUGCCAUCACAUUGGAUUACGCCAAGAACGAAACUACGGUCUACUAUUCUGCCGGCACUGCUGCGCUUGCGCGUGUCGCAGGCCCUACCAGCAUCAACCUUGCAGGCGGUGGCCAGUUUCAGAUGGGUGUCUUGAAGAAGCCGACCGGUACUUCCGAUGUCGUCAAUGCGGGAUUCCAGUCUCCAAAUCUGAACGAGGGACUGAUCUACGGUGGCCUGUUCGUUGAGGACUCUGCCAACGGCUGUAUCUCACUCUGAGCAUUAGUGUUUGAUAACAUUCCUUCCCCGUUUGUAGUUUUUGGCGUUCGAAUGCGCGUGUUGGGUGACGACUGUACAUUUACAGAACAUAGACAUACAUAGACAGAAUGAUUGAACGUACGACCCUGCAGAUCGCAGGGCACUCGUACUGAUGGGAUCCAAAUACUCUACCGUAUACGUCUGUCUAGCGACUGAACUUGCUCCUC